AUGGCUGUUUUGACAUUUUCACAAGAGAAAUUAGAAAAUCAAGCCGAUGCUCAUCUAAGCAGAGAGUUCUUCUCAACAAAUAAACCUGUAGCUCAUUUAGCCGUCAAAUUGCGUGAAGCAUCAAGUCGCUUCCACCUACCACAGGGUGAAUAUCUUAUUGUGCUCUACACUUAUGAUCCUUUCAAAGAUGGACAGUUCUGCCUUAGGAUCUUCUCUGUGAAACAGUUUAAAGCUCUAGAAAUUGGGCACACUGUCACUGCUAAUCCAUACGGGCCUCAAGUUAUAGGCAAGGAUAGAGAUGAAUUCAAAAGUGUGUUCCAAAAGCUUUCUAGGGAGGAGUGUGAAUUGACUGCAGAUGAACUUCAGACUAUCUUGAAUAAAGUCAUAACAAAAAGAACAGACAUUAAAAGUGAUAGAUUCAACAUAAACACCUGCAGGGAGAUGAUCGGUCUCUUAGAUGUAUCUUUUAAAUGUCACCCUUCUCCACUGGAUUUCCCUUGUGAACUUUUGCCUAGAUAUGCCAAGAUUUACACAUCUCAUUUCUGUACCCUGGGAUUUAUAGAAUUCAAGAUCCUUUGGAUGAAGAUUCAGAAAUAUCUGGAAAUCUAUAAAAAAGUAGCUACAAAUUAUACUGGAACCAUAGAUGCACAUGAAAUGAGAAAUGCUCUCAAGGAAGCAAGUUUCACUCUCAGCAACAAAAUCCAGCAAAGUAUAAUUAUUCGUUAUGCCUGCAGCAAGCUGGCCAUUGACUUUGAUGGCUUUGUGGCCUGUAUGAUUCGUCUAGAAUGCUUGUUCAGUAUGUUUCAGAUACUAGAUAAGGAUAAGGAUGGAAGAAUUCAGCUUUCUUUGACAGAGAAAUAUGGGAAAACUGCUAAAACAAUUCAGAAUAUAGAAAACUCUUCUAUCGGCUGA